UUUUAAAAUUAUUUUCAUCAUCAGUUUGGCUUGAUCUGUCAACAGAAGCAGGCGUUAAACUCGAUCUAAAGUGACUAAGGCAAACGAAUAAAUUAGAUAAUUUUCUCAAACUGCUUCCAGGGUUAAAUUACUAAUUCGUGUGCAUUACAAUGGAACCCUUAAAAAAUGCUAUUGGAUUAUUUAUUUGUUUGAUAUCAUUUUCGUUUCCAUCGGUUCGGUCGGAUCUGUUUCCAUUGUCAAUCAUUCACAUAAAUGAUUUUCAUGCAAGAUUUGAACCCACUGACACAUUCGGUGGUACUUGCGAUGAUGGUGAGGAAUGCAUCGGUGGCUAUGCACGCACUGUUCACACAGUUCGGAGGCUACUCGAGGAACAAAAAGAGUUGAACCCAAUUUAUUUAAACGCUGGAGAUAGCUUCCAAGGAACUCUUUGGUACAAUAUUGGUCGUUGGAAUGUAACUAGCCAGUUUCUAAAUAUGCUUCCAGCUGAUGCUAUGACCAUUGGAAACCAUGAAUUUGAUCAUAAAAUCGAGGGUUUAGUUCCUUUCCUUGAAACCAUAAAUUCGCCAAUGCUAGCAGCAAAUAUCGAUGAUUCAGAAGAACCAACAAUGCAAGGUUUAUAUGAAAAAUCCAUGAUAAUUGAACGAAAUGGAAGAAAAAUUGGUAUAAUUGGAGUUGUAUUGGCUACAUUUUAUGAUCUCGCUGAUACAGGAAAGCUCAAGUUUCUUAAUGAAAGUGAUGUCAUUAUUGAAGAAGCACAGAAGUUGAAGCAACAAGGUGCAAAUAUUAUAAUUGCACUAACACACUGUGGCUAUGAUGUUGAUCAAAUUAUUGCUGAACACGCUGGAGCUGAAAUCGAUCUAAUUGUGGGAUCUCAUUCACAUACAUUCCUUUAUACUGGCGAUGUUAUGCCAGGACCCGAUACGGCUAGAGGAAAUUAUCCAACAGAAGUAAUUCAUAAGGCCAGUGGUCAUAGAGUACUGAUUGUUCAGGCAGCUGCUUACGCCAAGUAUGUGGGGAAUAUAACACUUUUCUUUGAUGACAAUGGAGAUGUCGUUUCUUACGAGGGAGCUCCAAUUUAUAUGAGCAAGAAUGUGAAAGAAGAUCAGGAGGUACUCCAAGCAAUAGCUCCAUGGAAAGAAAUUGUUGACGAAAAAGGAAAUGUUAUUGUUGGAACAUCAAGAGUAGCCUUAGAAAAAUGGUCCUGUGAAUCCGGAGAGUGCAAUCUUGGAAACUUUUUUGCCGAUGCAAUGGUACAUGCCUUUGUCAAUGCUUCAACAUUUGAUCAACCGAACAGAUGGACAAAUGUAUCAAUCGCACUUGUUAAUGCGGGAGCCUUAAGAGUGCCUCUCAACAAAGGAAACCUUACAUACGCGCACGUUGUGACUAUGUCUCCUUUUGAAAAUGCAUUAAUAGCAUUUAACUUAAAAGGACAACACUUGAUAGAUACUUUAGAAUAUAGUGUAAAUCUGGUAGAGGCCGAAAAUGGAAUUUAUAGUUCUAGAAAUAUGCUUCAAGUUUCCGGACUAAGAAUAACAUAUAAUUACAAAAAUACUCCUGGGAAACGUGUUCAAGAUGUACAAGUUAAAUGCGCAGACUGUGAUAUACCUAGGUAUCUACCUUUGGAUAAAAAUAAGGAAUACCGAAUUGUAACAGCAGAUUUCCUUGCAAACGGAGGAGAUGGAUUUACAAUGUUAGCUUCUAAUGCAAAGGAUCAAGAGAAAUUAAAAACGGAUAUUGAAGCUUUAGUUGAUUAUAUGAAUGUAGCUUCACCUAUUACUACUGGCCUCGAGGGAAGGAUAAAAGUUAUUUCUUAGACAAUGUUGUUCAUUUAAGUAUUUUAUUUACGUUUAAGUAAAUUUUGUUUAUUUUAUUUAUAAAAA